AUGAAUAUUUUGCUUUAUUUAUCAUCAAAUUUAUUAACAAGUGGAUAUUCUUGGGAUUAUCAAAAAUCAAAUGAAUUGAGGGAACUGUUAAGAACAACCAUAACUGAAUACUACAAAAAUUACACAAAACAGCAACUGGAUAAAAGCACCACACCACUAUUUUUUAUGAUUGCUGGUGCAGGAGAAGGAAAAUCUAGGAAUGCAAAUGAGUUACCAAAUAUAUUGCAUGAAGAGUUUGCUUCCCAUGAAGAACUGAAAAAACGAUUUGAAAAUGCAUUAGUAUUUAACAUCUCUUUUGAAAAUGGCACUAAAAUAGACCUAUUAGAAGAAUGUAAUGCUGUAACUGCCAUUGCAAAACGAAUGCUUUUUCAGCUAGAAAAACAUAAAGGUGGCUGGAUGGAAGCACUUCGAAAAUAUCCAGAUGUAUCACCAGAUGAAGUAGUGUCAAAGAUUGCUAAACAUCAAAAUGUCCAACCUAAGGAUUUGACCAUCAUUAUUGUGAUUGAUGGGAUGCAAGCAGCAAUUCACCAGGAAGAUAAUGGAGUAAAUAAAUCAUCACUAUUCUAUUCAUGUAUGACAGUUUUGAAUAACUUUGCUGCAUCAGGACCAUUUGUGAUAGGAUGUUCCACAGCAACACUUAGCAGACCUUUUCAUGUUUUUGUGAGUGCUUCACAUCAAAAGCGAGUGUUUUUACCAAUACCAUCUUUAUCACCACCAAAAAGACAAUGA